GAAAUCACGUCUGAAAAUUAAUAUUACUAGUAAUUGAUUAUUAUUUCAAAUGUAAUUUUAACAAAUAGUGGCACUCAUUUUCCGAAAGGAGUAAUAAUAGUAAGAUAGGAUAUCUCUCUCUCUCCUCUUUCUCUUUCUCUUUCUCGACUCACUUCCACAAACCACAGUCUUACUUAGAUUCUGAAACAGGAUAACGUUUCCCCUGAAUCACGAGCAUGGUGUCCCUCACCGCAAACACCACCCCUAAACCCUUCCUCUCCACCCCCUUCCUCCCCCACCUCCACCUCCACCCUCACCCCUCGCUCUUCAAGCCCUCUCCCAAACCCCUCUCCAUCUCCGCCCUUAUCCUCCCCUACUCCUCCACCCCUUCCCGCAACCAGAACCAGAAGCAGCAGCCUCCGCAGCUGCAGCAGGUCUACCAACCCUACCGCGCCCCUCCCUCGCCCCUCCCCGCCCGCUACCGCACCCUCGACACCCUCGCCCGCCUCGAGAUCCUCACCAACCGCCUCGGCCUAUGGUUCGAGUACGCCUCCCUCAUCCCCUCCCUAAUUUCCGAGGGUUUCACCUCCUCCACGCUCGAGGAGAUCACCGGAAUCCCCUCAAUCGAGCAGAACCUCCUCGUCGUCGCCGGCCAGGUCCGCGACUCGCUGAUUGAGGCCACCGACGCCGAGACCGUCUCCUACUUCGACAACUCUGGCUCGGCGGAGAUCCUCUACGAGAUCCGGAUCCUCAACACGCCGCAGCGUGCCGCUGCCGCGCGAUUUAUAAUUAAACACGGAUUCGACGCCAACCGAGCCGAAGAAUUGGCGAGAUCGAUGAAGGAUCACCCUAGGCGGUUUGAGGAGAGAGGCUGGGAGUAUUUCGAUGGAAACAUCCCAGGUGAUUGCUUGGCGUUUAUGUUUUUUAGGCAGGCGCAUGAGCACAAAACGGCGUCGUCGCCGGAUUGGACGUUGCCGGCGUUGCAGAAGGCGCUGGAGAUGGCCGAGACGGAGCGGGCGCGGCUGAGAGUGCUGGAGGAUUUGGAGGGGAAGGAGGAGGAGGCUGAAAUUGAAGACGAAGUGGUAACCGCAGCGCCUGUGCCGGUUGUUAGGUUGGUGUAUGGUGAGGUGGCAGAGUCGAGCGCGGUGGUGGUGCUGCCCGUGUGCAGGGCGGAAGGGAGGGAGAUGGAGGUACAGGAGGCGCCGUGGGAGUGCGGGAUGCGAGGGAAUUUCGGGAUCGUGGAGGCAGAGAAGAGCUGGAGCGGGUGGGUGGUGCUGCCGGGGUGGCUGCCGAUCGCCGGACUGGGGAGGGGAGGAGCGGUGGUGAGGUUUCCGAAGGCGAAGGGGGUGCUGCCGUGGAAGGAUAAGAGGAAGGAUGUAGAGGAGGAGAUCUUGGUGGUGGUGGAUAGGGGACAGAAGGAGGUGGUGGCAGAGGAUGGGUUUUAUCUGGUGGUGGGGGGUGGCAACGGGAGUGGCGACGAGGCCUUGAAGGUGGAGAGAGGCGUCAAGCUGAAGCAGACGGGGGUGGAGAGCAGCCUCGGCACGGUGCUCUUGGUGGUCCGGCCGCCUAGAGAUGAUGUUGAAGAUCAAUUGGUUGAUGAUGAUUAGGAGAUGAGAUUUUUGCUUCCAUUUCGUAUAUUGUACUAAUUUUUUCGAGGGGUGUCAAAACUUUGCAAGAAUAAGAGAGACAUCCAUAUUGUUUUUACAUCUUGUUCAUACUUGUAUUCAUGUAAUACAAUCAAACUUUUACCAA